CACACCAUGUUCUGGGAGGACGCCCACUGGUACGGGGGCUCAGAGAUGAGCACCCAGCACUGGCCCAUCCACCUGGCCGGCUACCAGGAGCCCGUGCCCUACGUGACGAGCGAUGUCUACUCCUUCCGCGACAGCUUCGGCGGCAUCCUCGAGCGCUACUGGCUCUCCUCCAAGGCAGCGGCCAUCAAGAUCAACGACUCCGUGCCCUUCCACCUGGGCUUCAACGCCACCGAGCGUGCCCUCUUCUUCCAGGCCCGCUACAGAGAUUCACCCUACAAGCCCCCGCCGGGGCCGCAGCCCUUCCCCGCAGAGCUCAGCUACCGGGUCUGCGUGGGCUCCGACGUCCCCUCCAUCCACAAGUACAUGGUGCGCAGGUACUUCAACAAGCCCUCCAAGAUCCCCGCGGAGAACGCCUUCCGAUACCCCAUCUGGUCCACCUGGGCGCUCUACAAAAAAGAUAUCAGUCAGGAUAAAGUUCUGCAUUUUGCAAAAAAUAUCAAGAAGUACCGUUUUAACUGCAGCCACAUUGAAAUUGAUGACAUGUACACUCAAACUUAUGGAGACUUUGACUUUGACCCUGUCAAGUUCCCCAAUGUGACAGAGAUGUUUGCAAAACUGAGGGAAGAUGGGUUUAAGAUCACCCUGUGGAUUCACCCCUUUAUACACAGAGAUUCCCCCAAUUUUGGGGUGGGGAUUGAGCAUCAACUGUUCAUCAAGGAGCCGUCGGGGCGUCUCCCAGCCAUGGUGGAGUGGUGGAACGGCAUCGGGGCCAUCCUGGACUUUACCAAUCCAGCAACCCGCGACUGGUUCCAGAGCCACUUGAGCCAGCUGCGACACAAGUACGGCAUCUCGUCCUUCAAGUUCGAUGCAGGCGAGACCAGCUACCUGCCCAAGCAGUUCAGCACCUUCCGCCCACUCUCAGACCCCAGCAUCUGGUCGCGGCGCUACACAGAGAUGGCCAUCCCCCUCUACGAGCUGGCUGAGGUGCGAGUGGGCUACCAGUCCCAGAACAUCUCCUGCUUCUUCCGUAUCAUUGACCGUGACUCCAUCUGGGGCUAUGAGCUUGGCCUCAAAUCCCUCAUCCCCACAGUCCUCACCAUCAGCAUGCUUGGGUACCCAUUUGUACUUCCAGAUAUGAUUGGGGGAAACUUCCUCCCCAAUAAGACAGAUGGGGCAGUGGAGAUCCCCGACUGGGAGCUGUAUGUGCGGUGGCUGGAGCUGUCGGCCUUCAUGCCCUCCAUGCAGUUCUCCAUCCCACCCUGGCUCUAUGACAAGGAGGUGGUGGAGAUUGCGCAGAAGUUCACGGAGCUCCACGAGUCGCUGGUGGCCCCACUGCUGCUGGAGCUGGCGGGGGAGGUCACUGACACGGGCGACCCCAUCAUCCGACCCAUCUGGUGGAUUUCACCCCGUGACGAGGCCGCUCACAGGAUCGACUCCCAGUUCCUCAUUGGGGACACCCUCAUGGUGGCACCUGUCCUGGAGAUGGGCAAGCAGGAGCGUGACGUCUACCUGCCCGCGGGCAAGUGGCGCAGCUACAAGGGGGAGUUGUUUGAGAAGACGCCGGUGCUGCUCACGGACUAUCCUGUUGACCUGGAUGAAGUCGCCUAUUUCCUCUGGGUUUCCUAA